ACUAGCAAGGCCAACGCUCGAGCAAUCGGCCGAGCGGCGGCCAUAGCGACGCUGUCGCCGCGCGGGGCAGCCUUAAAAGGACCCGCCGGACCACCACCGGGCGCCGGGCAGCCGGGGCAAACCGCAGUGCCAGCCCCACGAUGAGACCAUAGCCACAACAACAACCAUGGUAGCAACACCGAGGCUAGUACCGGAUCCCCCCGACUCGAAACCGGGCCGCCUCCUCUUCCGCAACUACCUGACGGUGCCCUACCACGAGGAGAUCGCGUUAAGGGAGAAGACCGAGUACCUCGAACUGCUCCGCACGUUGAAAAUAAAGGAGAUCGAGGCGGCCGAAGCGCGGGCUACCAAAAGAGCGGAAAGGCGUAGAGAACGGUUGCGGGCCGAGGUGCCCGUCGGCGGCGCGACCACCGCGGUCCGAGCUAAGUUGGAGCUGGCGCCAUUGCUAGCCUCGAACGGUGAAGUACUCUUCUCCCAGGAUGAGGAGGGCUACGUCAACUUACCUUCGUUGCGCGUGCCUCCCGCGUCGGAGAAGACGCCGUUUCGACGACGAUUACCUCGCAAUUCACAAGACCGAGAGGAGGAAGUGAGACAUUACGAGGGCCAUCAGAGGGACGUCUUCCGCGACUCUCUCGCUUUGUCCGAUGAAGAGGUGGACAAGCUCGAGACGACGUUCGCGCGGCCCGAUAGAAGACGAUGCAUGACCGCUUCAGAUGAUAGUGAAGCGAGGCGAUGGGAAACGGACUCAGAUAUGCGGGACCCGCUGCGGCCUCGUUCAGCACCAUCUACUCCCUCACCGCCGAAAGCUACUUCUGAUGAAAGGCGAGCCGCUCUCGCGAAGCGGAUGGACCUGACCGUUACUGACCGGAAGCCGUGGACCGAGUUGCUCGAGACUGGUACACUUGAGGAUGAUGCCUUUGCUGUUGAUCCUGAACUCGCAACGUCCAUCAAGCUCCAUGACGAGGAAGUCAUUACUAUAAAAGAAAUCAUCACCGGCCAGUCGCAGGGUCAAUUCCACGUCACUGAUGCGGACGUAGCGGCGAAGAUGUGGAAGAUGGGCGCGACGCGGGCCUGGGAGUUCUUGGAGCGGGUGUUCUUGUCCUUGGUGCACGCUUCUUUUGUCCGGUGGCGGACGCAGGCGGAGGCGGCACUUGCCGCGUAUCGUGCUCGAGAAUACAGAAAAUUUCAAGGUAGUCGCAAACUCGCCUUCGCGUGGCUCGACGGCUUGAUGCGGACGAUGGCGCGGGGCUGGAUCGCCUGGUGUGCGCUGGUUGCUAGAUUGAGGAUUAUUGAAAGGGUGCGGUGGCAAACCAUCUGUGCAUUGAUGAUGCAGCGGCUGUGGCGGAGCUUCCUCGGGAGGAGGAUCGUGCAGGCGGCGCGCGAGGCCAUGUACGCGGAACGCUGCCGACGAGCGGCUGCUGGUUUACAAGCCAUGUGGCGGCGACGGGCCGCGUGGAAAAAGUUCCAGAUACUGGUGUAUGAGUACCGGAGGGAAUGUAAGGCGCUUAUCAUACAGUGCGCCUGGAGGUGUUAUCUCGCACGGUGUCGGAGGGCGUACUUGCUGGAGCAGAAGCGGCGGCGCGACGCGGCAAUUAUGAUCCAGUGUCGGGAACGCCAGAGGCAAGCGAAGGCCGAGGUUGACAGGCGAAGGCUCGCGCGCGAGCAGGAGAAGGCUUCUAGAUUGAUACAACGCGUUGCGAGGGGAAGACGAGGUCGACGGGAAGCGGCUCGACUGAGGGAGGAACGUAGAGUCGCGGGAAUCAUCAAGAAGCUCCAGGCCCGGAUCAGGGUCAUGAUGGCCUGCCAUCGCUUUGUGAUUUUGAGGCAGAUCGCCGACGCCUACCACAAGGAACUCGUGUAUCAGGCCACGAAAAUGCAAGCUUUUUAUCGAGGUAAGCGAGCAAGGAUGAUGACGCGCAUCAAGAUGCACAACCUGCGCCAGAAAAAGUUGAGAUUGAUCAACAACCACAAGCAGUGCCAGCGGUUGUGUCGCGGGUUCUCGGCUCGUCGAUUCACGAAGCGGUUGCGGAUCGAGACUCGUAAACGACGAGUGAAGCAGGCCAAGUCCUGGAGGCAGGUCGCCGAGGACCCGGCGAACCCGGGCAUACCCAUCGACCCCGACACGACGCUAUUGACGCAAGAUCAACAAAGAAUAGUGUGGACUUCAUUGGAGACCGGUGAGACGGUCGACGAGGAACCCGUCGAAGGUUUUACAGAUGUGAAACGGUGCCUCCACCUCGAAAAGGUCUAUGGUAUUUCGGAGUUUAUCAUGAAUCCAUUAUUAACGAUGGACGCCGUAGAUAUGGUGGCCUUCCAAGAAGCUAAGAGGUGUAGUGAAUGCGAGGAGAGAGACGCGUCGCGCUUGUGCGACUACUGUGGCGACAAGUUCUGCGCGCAAUGUUGGCCCGUGGUCCAUGAUGCGGGGCGGCAACAUCACACCUACAUCACGGUCAAUAAACCGGAAUGUUCGCACUGCAUGUCGCAGUUCGCCGUGCGUUACUGCAAGCAGUGCGACGAGGAGUUCUGCGAGGAGUGCUAUUUGUCUUUGCACGUCGGGAAAGUCAUGUCCCAGCAUAUCUGGACGAUCACGGAGGACGGAGCCAUCGAUUACGGGGUCAAGCAGGCCUUGACGCCGAUCAAAUCCCUCCCGUACUUCCGGAAGGACGGCGUCUUCUACGAUAGCGACGACGGGGCCCUGGCGGAGAACUCGAAAUCCUAUAGUAUCCCGCAAUCAUAAGAAUUAGUUUUGUGA